UUUUUAGAUUAUGACUCAGUUUUUGCAGAAUUUUUCUUCUAAACACCAAUUAUUUGCUGCUGUUGCCGAAUGGUUACAUUUACCUUUAAUUCCUUUGGACGAUGUUCCUUCAACUUCGGAAAGUUUUUUGCCUGUUCCUAUUCCGUAUGUACUUUCUCAUGAAUUUUGGUUUGAUUGUUUUGCGUUGCCUUUAAUUAAUGAAAUUGGUUUGGAGUUGGAUUCUCAAGCAAGAGAGGGGAGACUUCAAUGUAUUCUUAUUUCUGUCAAUGAGAUUAUUAGUCGAGUUUCUGAUGGAUAUUGCUGUAGGGAUCGGAUGGUGGAAUUUGAGGAAGCCUUUAAGAAUUUAAUUAGAUGUUCUGAACGACCCAUAAGUGAAGAUGUACGUCGUCUCUCUCAACGAGCUUUUGCGCGAUUACUUAAUCUCUUUGAACCUAUUGCACAGAUGUUGCUUUUAUUCCAUCUUUUUGAGUUGGUUUUGGCAAAAAAUGAAAUUCCUCUUUCUGAAGAAGUUUACGAACCACAAGUAUUGGCUCUACUUAUUGAUACUUAUCGACAGAAAUGUUUUUCACAAUUUAUUGAUGAUGACAAAUGUUUAUUCCAGUCGCAACUUGAAUGUUUUUACAAAAAAUUUGAGUCUAUUGUUUAUGAAGAUCCUUUUAUUGCUGUCAAUUUCUAUACUUCUAUUUUAUUAUUGGUUAAUGCCCAAGCAACUCAUCGUGUUCAAAUUUUUUUGUUAUCGUCAGAUGCUCUCAAAUUUAUUCAAAAAAUUCGUGUCCAAGUUCGUGAUUGGAUGGAUUUACAGAAACAACGGAAAUUAAUGGGAAAUAAUUCUAAAGGUUUUGAUGAUUUAAAGAAUGGAAAUAUGGUUGAAAUUCUUGAAGAAAAGCAAAGAGAAGAAUGUGAAAAUCACAAUAAGGCUAGUUUAGAGAUGUUGACUUUUCAAUUGGAUGAGGCAGAAAAGAAAGUAAUGGAGACUAUUUUGAAGAAAUAG